GGGUUGCCCUUUAGUCCGAUCCGAAACAACGAUUUUACGUGCAGAGGCAGGGAGGCAAUCGAUUCGGCUUUCCGAUCCUCUCUGAAUAUCGGAAUCCGGUUUGACCUCAAUUAUCUCGACGGGAGUGCAUCGGCGACGGCGCGGAACUAUUGCGGGAGGAUCAGCGCUUCAUGAAAUUGGAGCACAAUGGCGAAUUUUUCUGGAAAAGGAGCCCCAACUAACGGCUCUGUUUACGUUUUCAAUUUGCCUCCUGGAACUGACGAGGAGAUGCUUGCUGAGCACUUCGGAACAAUUGGCUUGCUAAAGAAAGACAAACGAAGUGGACGGCCAAAAAUAUGGAUAUAUCAUGAUAAAGUAACAAAUGAGCCCAAAGGAGAUGCCACAGUAACUUAUGAGGAUCCGCAUGCUGCAUUAGCUGCUGUUGAAUGGUUUAAUAAUAAAGAUUUCCAUGGAGCUACAAUUGGAGUCCUUUUGGCUGAGUCGAAGAGUAAAGAUGACAUUGUUAAUCAUGUUGGUGAUCAAGCUCCUGCUGACGAACACAAUGGGCUUGAGGGAGGAUCUAGGGACCUAAAUGGUGGGGCUGGAAGGGGCAGAGGUCGAGGUGAUGCUUUAGGGAAACCUUGGCAACAAGAAGGGGAUUGGUUGUGUCCGAACUCAAGCUGCGGUAAUGUAAACUUUGCAUUUCGAGGUGUGUGCAAUCGUUGUGGUACUGCUCGUCCCACUGGAUCUUCUGGUGGUGGUGCUGGGGGUGGUGGGCGAGGUAAGGGCCAUGGUGGCAGUGAUCCAGGAGGCCAUGCCCGUGCAGUAGGUGCUACUGCUGGAGGAGGGCUUUUUGGUCCAAAUGAUUGGCCUUGUCCAAUGUGCGGAAAUAUUAACUGGGCAAAGCGCACAAAAUGCAACAUUUGCAAUACCAAUAAACCCGGACACAAUGAUGGGGGUGUCAGAGGAGGACGUGGUGGAGGUUACAAGGAACUAGAUGAGGAAGAAAUAGAGGAAACAAAAAGGCGCCGGCGAGAGGCUGAAGAAGAUGAUGGGGAAAUGUAUGAUGAGUUUGGAAACCUUAAGAAAAAGUUCCGCGCAAAAACCCAAGCAGCUGAAAUGGCUCAAGUCACUGGUGUCGGACGAGCUGGAUGGGAGAUUGAGGAGCUAGGUAACAAGGACAAAAGAGAUAAAAAGGACCGGGGAAGAGAAAGGGAAAGAGAUAGGCAUUCAAAUAGAGAUCGAGACAGGGAAAGGGAAAGGGACAGGCUUCGACAUUACGACUACGAUCGCGACCGAGACCGUGAUAGAGACAGAGACCGCGGCAGCAGGUACCGUAGUUGAGUGCAAACAUAAGAAACUUUACUUUGCCCUGAGAAUAGCUUCUAAAGCGGUUAUUUAGCUUUAAUUUUGUUACAAUGCACCGUUAUUCUUUGAGAGGCUAAAUAACAGCAGAAUGAUGAUGAGCUUCACCUUUUACUCUGGCUGUGUAACCUAAUAUUUCUCUGUAAUAUGAAGGUUUGGUUUUAUUA